AUGAUGAAAAAACUGACUUACGCUAAUCUACCUGGCAUUGCGAAUGAUCAACCAGAUUGUUUCGAAACACCCGAUUACCCAUUACCAGAUCAAUAUCAUGAAAUUGGUAAUGAUAAUACAGAUUCUGUAACACAGUUUGAUAUCAAUACAAAAGAAAUUCAUAAGACAUUUAAUGGAAAAUAUUUAAAUGGAAACGCAGCUGACUUUUCCAAUGACUCAAUAAAAGUACGAGGGUAUAUUCAACGUGGUGUUUACCAAAACCAUCGUGAACCAGAGUCAGAAACGCCCAUAGAACGUUAUAAACGGAUAAUGCGUGAAUUACAUGAACUAGAAAUUGAAUUUGGUGAAAAGUCGAAAGAUGGCAAAAGUUUGAGUAAAGAAGAAAACAAAAAUUUAAAUGCCGUUGUUAAACAUGUUCAACAAUUACAUGAACAGACGUCAAAAGUCUAUGGUGCAAAAUAUUUAAUUAGUGGAGAUAGUAAAUCGUUGGACUAUGGAACCGAUGCAGGUUCAUUGUUGAACAAAUUAACAAUGCGUCAUUCUACAUCAAAAGAUGCAAAAAAACAAGAAAAAUCGUUAAUAUUAACAAAAAAUGAAGAGAAUAGUGGAUCGGAGGCGUUUAAAUUGUACAUUAGUCCGAGAGCACCAGUCUCAAACACACCAUUAAGAAAUUCAAUUCCAAGUGAAUCAGAUUCGAAAUCAUUAAUUAGUACUCUUGAACAUUUAUCAAACCGUUUUGAUAUACUUAAACAACAAAAUCUUGAGCAUCUUGAUGUAAAACUAUCGAAUGUUUUAACUCAUCUAAAUGCUGUUAAUGAAAAGAAAGCGUUAGUUGAUGAACAAGAUAAACAAAGUAAAGCUACCGAGUUAUUUGAUAUGAUGUCACGUUGGGAAAAUAUGGCUGCUAGUUUACCCCAAAUUGAAGAACGAUUAGUGGCACUCAAUGCUUUACAUCAACGAGCGUUUCAAUUCAGUUCAGCUCUGACACACUAUAACACUGAACAACAAACUCUGAAAACAUCACUGGAUUCAAAUGAUCACUUAUUAAAACAGUUGAAAACAACAUUUCAAACAAAUUUAGAAUUAUUAAAAACACAAUUGGAAUCACUUGAUCGUAAAAUAUUGAAUAAGAAAUAG